UGCAGCGGCUCACGUGACUAAUUCCCGGAAGCCACCUCUACAUGACCAGCCGUUAGCUACACAGUCUCCGCUCGUCCUUAUCUCAAGUGAAGCUAACGUUGGUUGUUGAUGCCAUUUUCAUUUGGUUGCUAAUUGUCUGUCACUAAUAUGAAUACGUUGAAUUUGAAGGCUUUAUUUAUAAAUAACAAUAUACAGACCACAGAGUAGCAGCCGCAGGCUACUUAAUAGCACGCACCCACCCACAACCAAAUAUGAACACGAUCAUGUCAGACAGAGUGCGCAAAUUAGUUUCUGCAACCUUGAUACAACCUUGGACGUGGCCGAUUAUUACUGCCCCAAAGGUCCAGCUCUCCAGUCUAUCCAGUGAGCCUGUCAUCGCUUCCAAAAAGCCUUUCAAGGUGGAGCUUGUAGGGGGAAAGCGUUACUCAUGGUGCACUUGUGGACACAGCAAGAAACAGCCUUUCUGUGAUGGAACCCACAAGACUAAAGCCCAGGGCCUGAUGCCUCUGCGCUUCGUCCCUGAGAAGGACUCCAAAGCUUGGCUGUGUGGCUGCAAGUACACCGCUAACCCACCAUACUGCGAUGGCACUCACAAGCAGGAAUUCAUCCAUUCUGCCCUGCUCCCAGAGAACACCGACUCCUGAAUGGCUAGGCGCUGAAUAUGUUUUUGUCCAAUUCACUGAGCUGUGGGUCCUCUGAGUUCUGGUCCUGGAGAUGUAGGACCAGAAUCACUGGUUCAGAAAGUAGCUCUGCACUUGGGUGAUUGAUGGCAAACAGAUGACUUAUGUACAUAUCUGACAUACUGUGACAUGCUUAGAUCUGAUGUGAAAAGAUCUGUGAUUGGUCAAAAUACUGAUUAGGGGAAAAAAUAUCAGAAUUGGGCUACAUGUCUAAACGCAGCGUUAGGAACCCCAUUAUAAUAUAAUGGGAAACUCUCGGCUUAGCACUAGCUUUGAACAAAUCUCCCACUGUAGUCCAUACAAGAUUUACAUGACAUAAGAGCGCUGUGAACAACUCAAUUAAGGAUGCAUCCUAUGAUAGGCUGUGAUACUUGUUAUGGGGCAAUUCCACAAUAACAGAAUUAUGCUGGGAUUUCACUUUAAAAUGACUGUGUCGCUUUGGAUAAAAGCGUCUGCUAAAUGGCAUAUAUUAUUAUUAUAUUAAAACCAAUGAUUAAAGUUAAUCAAACCAUUCAACUUUAUGCACAAUGGCUAGUUUUAACAAUUUCCACAAAAAAAACAUUUACUUGAGUGCAAAUGCAGUUAGGUAACAGUAUCAGUUACUCACUCUUUGCAAUCAUUGGUUUGUUUGGCAUACAUUUUAAAGUGAAAAAUAAUGAUGUUAAUGUGGAAUAGCCCUGUGUGUGGUAUGCACUGGUGCUUCUGUAAAUUGUGAUGAAACAGAUAUUUAAAAUGUUAAUGCUCUGCUAAUGAUACGCACAAGUAUUGUGAUGGACUGUUUCUCAAAAUGAAGUAUUGUAAUAGAACACUAAAUCAUAGGCUUUCUAUAAGAUUAAUUGUUUAAGAUGUAUUAUUCCCUCCAUGGUGUAUUCUGUCUGAAAUUAAAAUGAUCAAAUACA